AUGAUUGGAGGAUUCAAAGUUUACGCAGCUUUUCCCUCAUCUGCUAUCUUUAACGAGAACGCUCGUAUUCCAAUGUUGUCUGGUGAAAACUUUACUGCAUGGAAGGAGAAAGUCCUUCUCACUUUAGUGUGCUCAAAUUUGGAUCUGCCAAUCCGUGUGGAAGAACCACCUAAACCCACGGAAUCAAGUACGCCAGAUGCUAAGGCUUAUUUUGAGCGGUGGGAACGAUCUAAUCGCUUGAGCCUGAUGCUCAUAAAGGCUCAUAUAAGCCAAAGCAUUAGGGUUUCCAUCCCUGAUAGCGAUAAGGUCAAAGCUUACAUAAAGGCUAUUGAAGAACAAUUUGUAAGCUGUGACAAGGCGCUGGCCAGCACCCUUAUGAAGAGGAUCUCAAGUAUGACCUUUGAUAGAAGUCGUACAGUGCGCGAGCACAUUAUGGAGAUGACACUACUACAAAAAGGGCCUUUAGCGGCAAUUAUUCAACGGCAAUAA